AUGGAAACUGUGGAUCAGCUUAUGGUUCCUAAUAGUAACACUUGGAAUAUUGAUAUGUUAAAUGUGUUAUUUGAUAGUAAUAUUGUUAAUGAGAUAUGUAAAAUAAGAAUUCCUUUAAAUGGUGCAGAUAGGUUAAUUUGGAAACCAGCUGACAAUGGUUUAUUCUCUGUUAAAACUGCUUACAGAGUUGUUGAUGAAGUAACUAAUGUUACUACCUCCUCUGAUCCUCCUCUAAAUUUUCCUUGGAAGCUGUUCUGGAAACUUGACCUGCCUCAAAUAAUUUUGCACUUUCUUUGGAAAUGUGUUCAUAAGUGUCUACCUGUUAGGGAUAGAAUAGCUAGAUACAUGCACAAUGUGGAUACCAUUUUUCCUCUUUGCCAUAGGGAAGUGGAAUCUAUAAAUCAUUUGUUCCUAGAUUGUCAUGUGACUAAGUUGAUCUGGGAUGCUACGGAGAUUCCUAAUCUUGAUACAACUAUAGGUCAAGAUAUGACAGAUUGGAUUACUAGCUGGCUUACUAUUAAUAAUGUUUUUGAUAAUAUACAGAUUCAGAUAAAUGCUACAGUUCAACAAAUCAAGAAGUCUAUUCUUGAGUGGAAUGAACACUUGGCUAAGGUAAAAGCUAAUAAGAUUCAAGUGCAGAGUGGAAGAAUAGCAGUACAAUGA